AUGCCUCCCCGAGUACAGUCUCUUCUCCGCAACGGCCACUUCUACACUCGUGGCCCGUCGUCAUUUUCGCAGCAGAGGCUCUUCUCGCAGACCCGCCUUGCCAAAAGUCAAGAUGGCAGCAACAAGGCAAAGCUGACCCACGUUUCGUCAUCUGGAGAGGCACGAAUGGUUUCCAUAUCGGAAAAGACGGUGACAUCACGCAUCGCUAAAGCUGUGUGCACUGUCCGGUUCUCCAACGGUACGGCAAUCGAUCUCAUCAGGGACAAUCAGAUGAAGAAGGGCGAUGUUCUGGGGGUUGCGCGGAUCGCGGGCAUCAUGGCAUCGAAGCGGACGCCAGACUUGAUCCCACUAUGCCAUCCGAUAGCGCUCUCCAAGGCGACGGUUGAUCUCGACGUCAGGGGUGACGACAGAGUUGAGAUCGCUGCUACGGUCACGUGCGAUGGGAAGACUGGCGUGGAGAUGGAGGCGCUGACAGCGGCGUCUACAGCGGCACUGACAGUCUACGAUAUGUGCAAGGCAGUGGAUAAAGGCAUGGUCAUUGAGGGGCUGAGGGUUGUUCUCAAGGAUGGCGGUAAGAGUGGACGAUGGGAGAUGGAGUGA